AUGUCAAAUAACCAUGAUUUAUUUUCACAAUUUGUCAUAUCAUCAUUGGGGAAUAGUUUUUCAUUGGACUACGCAUCGAGUUUAGAUAAGAGUAAUAAUAAUAGCAGCAAUAGUAAAACAGAUACUACAGAUACAAAAAUAACAUCACCAGAAAUAAAAGGAUUUUUAGAUGAUACAAAGUUAAAUAGUUCAAGUGGUUAUAAUAAAAAUAAUUAUAGUUUUCUUGGUGAUUUAACUAAUGAUGAUACAAUAAUUAAAAAUCAAUCAAUGCUUUUUGAUUCAAGAAUUAAUACAACCACCAAUAAUAAUAAUAGCCAAUCAUCUCUAUUUAGUUCAACACUAGAUAAGCAAAGUUCAUUUAUAAACGAUAUUAAAAGUAAACAAAAUAAUGGAAUUUCACAAGAAAGUUUUAUAAAUAAACAUUUACCAAAAAUUCAAACCCAAACUCCACCACAAAAUCAACCAUUAUUUGGACAAUCAACCUCUAGAAAUAGUACCAAUAGCAUUAAUAACUAUAAUAGUAAUAAUAAUAGUAUUAUUACAAAACAAUCCCAACCAAACAAUGGCUUAAAAAGUAUUGCAUUCGACACCAGUUAUGGUGGUGAUAAAAUAACCGAUGAAAAAUCAUUUUCAUUUAAUGUUUCGUCAAAUAUUGAUAUAGAUGGUGACGAUAAAGAGUUAUUUAAUAGUAGAAAUUCACAGCAAAAUAAUGUUAAUUUCACAAAUAUUAGUUAUAAUGGGCAAUCGAGCCAACAAAGUGGUACAGAUAAUUCAUUGGUUUAUUCUCCAGCGACAAAUUAUCAAGGUGAUGAUGAAGAUAAUAUCGAAAAUGGAUCAAAUUAUAAUCAAAGUUAUAACUUUAAUGGCUAUGGUAAUGAGGCGCCUUAUCAACAGGAUUAUAAUAAUUAUCAAAAUGAAAAUUACCAGGAUAACAACCAACAGGAUUAUAAUAAUUAUCAAAAUGGGGAUAUUGACGGAAAUUAUGAAGAAUAUGAAGGAUAUAGAGAAAAUAAUUAUGAUUAUGAUAGUAAUGGUAAUAAUGAAAAUGAUGGUGAAAACAAUUUAAUAUAUUCAAACAGUGGCGAAGCUAGAACCCCAGGUACAUAUUUUAAAACUAGAUCACCAUCAAUGGGAAGUCUUUCAGGUAAUGGUGGAGUGGAUUUGGGUUUAUUUAAUGAUAGUUUAAAUAAUAGUAAUGGUAUUAAUAAUAGAUCAACACAUAGCAAUAGUUUAAAUAAUAGUAGAUCUCUUUCAAAUUUAGAUAAAAGCCAAAAUAGUUUUAAUAAAAGUUUUAAUGGUAAUUCAUCAAACAACAACAUAAUAAACAAUAUUGGUAGAAUAUCAUUGCCACCACAGUUAAAUAGUUUUAAUCAAUCUUUAAAUAAUAGGCAACAACAACAACAACAACAACAACAACAACAACAACAACAACAACAACAACAACAACAACAACAGAAACAGCAACAACAGAAACAGCAACAACAGCAACAACAAAAUACAACAUCAAAUACAUCUUUAGGUGCAGCUAGUAUUCAAGUCCAUUCAACACCUGGGGACUCUAAUCCAGAGUAUGAAGCAUAUUUACGUUUAAGAGGUAAAGUCUUUAGUAAUAAUGGUUCCCCAGGGAACAAUAGUGUUUUAAAUAAGAGUGGUAAUAAUCAUAGUCAAACAUUUUCAGUUUCGUCAAUUAAUGAAAAUUCACAAUAUUCAAACCAACAUAAAUCUCCACCCCCUCUUCAAUAUGUAAAUCAGCAGUCAUCGCCACAACAUCAACAAUUGCAACAUCAAAACCCACAAUCACAACAUCAAAACCCACAAUCACAACCUCAACAAUCACAACAAUUACAACCUCAAAAACCUCAACAUAAGAACCCACAGCUCCAACACCAACAACCACAGAACCCAUCUCAGCCCCCAAAACCACAGCAACCUCAACAGCCAAAGCAAGUGGGGUUACAAAAAUCACCAACUCAACACCAACAACCAAAACCACAACAACAAAACCAACAACAACCAAAACCACAAAAACAAAAUAAUUUUCUUGAAUUUCCAAUGAUUAUAAUUGAAAAAUUAAUUGAUUUUUCAAGUUGCGAGUUAGAAUGGACACUUAUUAAAGAAGUCGUUAUAACAAAUCCGCAUCCAAAACCAAUUACCCUUUUAAAUUUAAAUAUAGUUGGAGAACAUAAAAAUUGUUUUAAUAUUAUAAUUCCAGAAAAAUUUUUACCAAACAAAUCCACAAAUUUAAACACUAGUUAUAAUCCCAAUUCAACAUCAUUACCACCAAAAAGUCAUUCAAUGAUAAUUAUUGAACCAUUAUCAUAUACUACAGUAUCAAUUCAAUACUCACCAAAAGUUGAAAAUUCAUUGGAAUUAAGAGAAGACUUACACCAAGCAAAUUUAACUUUUACAAGUGCUGCAACCGACUCAACUCAUUUCGAUGAUUAUGUAGUAUCUAGAUUUUCAGUAAAACAAAUUUCAACUGGAGCUAUGUUUUAUCAAUACUCCAUUCCUAUUAAUGGCAAACCAACUUCUCAAAUUGUAAAUAACGAAGAUUUAUUAUAUAGUUAUAAUAUUUGGGAUAUGGGCGAAUGUAAUAAUACCUCCUCCACUUUAAAUUCAGAUUUUUCAACCCUUUUUCCAUACGAUCAUAAAUUAGCGUUUGAAUUUAAUGGUGAGGGUUUUUCAUUUGAAAAGUUACCAAAUGAUAAGGUAACAUUAAAAUUUUCGAUACCAAAAUCACAGAUAUAUACUGGUGAGGCUAAUAUUAUUGAUACAAUAACGGGUCAAAAGAAAAAUGUAAAAUUAGUAGCAACUAUAAACUAUGAUCAGUUACAAUCACAAAGUCAGUACCAACCAGCACAAUCUUUUUAUCAAAGCCAACAUGCUCCGAUUCCAAUUGAUAAUUCCCCAAUAAAUUCACCAUCAUUAAUAAAAGAAUCACUUAAAAAAGAAAGAGAGCAAGAAAUUAUUAAACAACAACAGGCUCAAAAAGAAAGAGAAAAAGAAAGAGAAAGAGAAAAGCAACUAUUACUUUACCAACAAAGCGAAAAGAAAGAAAAUGAGGAGGUGCAAACACAAAUAAGACAUGCACAAAUGCCGCAGCCAUAUUUAUUUAAGCCCAAAGUUAUGGAGGUUCCAAAUUAUGAACCAGUACAACAUAUAUAUAAUUAUCAGAAAAUUCCUUUAAAAAUUUCAAAUUAUGUUUUAGAGAAUGGUAUAAAAAUGGUAUUUGAAGAAAGAAAACAAAUCUUCCCAACCGAAACAUUACCAAUUUUAUCUAGCUCAAAUGAACCUUUAGAGGUCGAAUGCACAUCCACACUACCUGAUGUAUUUAUUAUUAAGCCCUCAAUAUUUACAAUUCAACCAAACACAUUGGUACCACUUCAAAUAACCUAUCAGCCACCUAGUGAAAUGCCAUCUCAUCGUGCAGCAUUUAUUAUUUCAGUUCCAUCGCACACCAAAGAAAAGAUUAAGAUUGAUUUGAUUGGUGUCACAGAAUCAUUAAAAUUUGUAUCAUAUAUUUCAUCAUCACCACCCUCACCUUCAUUCCAACUAUUCAAAAAGCGCCAAGAAAAUUCCAAACCACUGCCAUAUAUUAAUGAUGAAGCGUUUAAAUUGGACAAUUCAAGUAUUAUAUUUCACCAUAACAAUCAAGAUCUACCAACAACUAAAAAACCAUCAUUGUAUUGCAAUAAAAAAUUGGUUCAUUUUGGUGGUGUAAGAUUGGGCGAAAUGAAAACAACUACAAUUACAUUAACGAGUACACUUCCAAUGGCAUUACAUUUGAAAGCAGACUUUAAACAAAGCAAAUAUUGCAAUUUCUUUAGCGUAACAAGUGGCAAUCAACUAUUAAUAGCACCAAAUGAUAAAAGUCAAGUUGAAAUUCAAUAUGCUCCGUUAUCUGUAGAUACACAUGAUAGUGUUAUUGUAUUCUCUUCAUUAAACAACGAGUUAUCAUUUACAGUACCUCUUAUUGGCUAUGGUGGCAAAUCUAAAAUGGAAAUCACCUCAUCAGCACGAAACACAAUUGAUGAAAAUAACACCAUUAUAUAUGUAAAUAAAUUAAGUAACGACGAAAAAUCAAUCUAUUGCAAUUUUAGUGUUAAAAAUAUUGGUCAGCGUCCUGGUUUUGUAAAAGCCCUAGCGUCAUUCCCAAACUCCCGUACUUUUAUAUCACCUGACAGGGUUGCAAUUGGUGUUGGUGAAACUAUAGAGCUUCGUUUAACUAUCCAACCAUCAAUAAACAUUCAAAAUUUUAUAAAGCAGCAACAGGAUUUAACAAAUUCAAUCGUUUCAAGUGGUAAAGUUAAACUUUAUUAUGGUGAUGAAUUAUCGCGUUUAAGAUGUAUCAACUCAAAACUAUAUUUAACCACAAGUACUAAUAAUCAAAUUAAAUUUGAUGGUGACUUUUUAUACGACUAUAAAUAUAAAGAAGAAUUUGAAAGAGAUUUACAUUUAAGAGAAUUACUUGUAAAGGAUAAUAAUCAAUCAAAUUUAAAUUUAGAUGCAAAUGACUACAAUUUAGAAACUGAAGAUGAUAACGAAACUUUUUAUCAACAAUUAUCAAAUAUAAAAAUUACUCCAAUAAUAAAAAUAAAUUAA